CCGGGUUCUAAUGUUUACAACUGGCAGCAGCAUUGAGGGCGCAGAGCUGUUUAUCUGGCUCAUGAUAAAAACAUAUUUUAUGUUAAAAACAACAUGUGCUUCAAGUGCUAGGAUUUAUCUACUCUGACGAUCUUUCCAGUGGAACAGGCAGCAGGACUCCAUCAUCGGGAUCAGCUGCUGAGAGUCCAAGUAUAGAAUAGGCCAUGAAGAAGAAAAGCAGACGUCCGAGGUCCAGCAGGACACAGACAACAGUGAGUGGCAGUGAGGAGAAGAGGCCGCCAGGAAACAGAGGAAGACCUCGGAAGACUGUCCCUGCGACCACAGACAGUUUCCACCAUGAUAACACUGCAAAAGACGAGGCCGGCAAGUUGGACCUCAGUGUGACAUCAGCUGAAAACCCACAAAAACAUCCCGAGAGCAAGUCCAAAUCUUCAGCAGGUAGACUGUCAACCGCUGUUUGUCGGCUCUGUCAUGGGAAGUUCUCUCCACGCAGCCUCCGGCACGCCUUCAACACGUGGCCUCAGGAUUCCAUUGAUAUUGUUGAUGAUGAGUCAGAUGCCAUGGCCCAGUCCCCCCUUUUGUUCCACACAGACUUCCAGCGACUGGUCGGGGUCCAGUUGGAUCGUGACCCCCGGCUAUCUGAGUUUAUCUGCAAGAAAUGCCACGCAAAGUUCUACAAGUGCCACAGCAUCCUGAUCAGGUUCCUGCAGAGAGUCAACCUCCCACCAGUUGGGAAAGAGAACCUGAAAAGCCAGAAGCUUCUGAAGUGCCCAGAGUCCUCAGUAAGCCAUGGCUCAACAACACCACCAUCCUUUACCUCAGACCCUAAGUGCCUCCACAGCCUCGUGUCCUGGGCUCACCACCAUGGAGAGGCCUGCCGCUCCUGCCCCGAUCUGAAGGAGGUGCUGGAGGACCAGUGCUGGGGUUCUGUCAAGGCUGUAUGGAGUUGCGUUGACGGUCACAGAUACAUCAUGGACACUCAGUGCGCAGCCGCUACCAACCCAGGGUACACGAUGAACUUAAGCAGCGGAGCGUUAGGGAGUGGUAAUGGUGAUGGAGUGAUGUCAGAGGAGGAGGAACAGGAGGAGGAGGAUGGAGAAGAGAAACCCAGCAGGAAUGAAAGGACCCCAGUGGGUAGUAUAAGCACUCUGGCUCAACACAGUCCACCUGCGGUCACAGCGCAGACUCAGAGCUCAGCGCUGGCUCACUGGACCAGUAACACUGAAGAUUUUACAGGUCAUGACGAGGCGCUGUCUCCUGCUCCAGCCCAGCUGGAGGACAGGGCUGCUGACAGUGAUCUGUCUGACAGGGUAAUCUCCGAGGAUGACUUUGAGGAGAGUAGAAAAGGAGUUUUAUCAGACGAUGAGUUGUUCGAGCCGUAUUCGGACAAGAGAGCUCGCAGGGUGACCGUUCCCAACAAGAGAAGACGAAGCCCGGUCGCACCGGAGGAGCCCAAAAUCAAAAAGAAACCCGGACCCAAACCUGGCUGGAAGAACAAGUUCAAACCUAAAGGAGAGGAGCUGCCCAACAUCUACAAGUGUCCAUAUCAGGGCUGUACAGCCGUCUAUAGAGCUCCUGAUGGUUUGAAGAAGCACAUCAAGGAGCAUCAUGAGGAGGUGAGAGAGCGACCCUGCCCUCAUCCUGGCUGCAACAAGGUUUUCAUGAUCGACCGCUACCUGCAGCGACACGUCAAGCUCAUCCACACAGAGGAGAGGAACUACAUUUGUGACCAGUGCGGCCAAACCUUCAAACAGAGGAAACACCUUUCAGUUCACCAGAUGAGACAUUCAGGAGCCAAGCCACUACAAUGUGAGGUGUGUGGCUUCCAGUGUCGCCAGCGGGCGUCACUAAAGUACCACAUGACCAAACACAAGGCAGAGGCCGACUUGGAGUUUGCGUGCCUGAUGUGCGGGAAACGUUUCGAGAAGGCCCACAAUCUGAACGUCCACAUGUCUAUGGUCCACCCGCUGACUCAGGCCGAGGCUCAGAGAGGCAGCAGUCAGCAGCAGCAGCCGCCGCUGUACUCCGACCUGCACACCAUCACUCUGACCGGGGAGGUGGUUCAGCAAGACCAGGACAGAUGACGGCAGGGAGUCCAGGUCCACGUCUGCUGCACGCGUACAUAAACUGUGGAACAGGGACAAGUUCUGACCACAUGUACUGUAGUUUUCAUUUUUCCACGUUCAGCUCUUGACUUGGGCCUGCUGUAUGGCCACUGGCUUCACCGGCCAAUACAAAACAUAUUUAUCUCAGCUCUCUACCAACAUACCAAUUUUAGCAUAAGAUGAAAGUCAAACUGUUUCCUUCAACAUAAAUGAACAUAUAUCGACCAAUCUGUUGACAAUACUGUCUCAAGGACAACUCUUAAUGGUUUUCAAGAACCAUUUUCAGUCCAGAAUUAAUCUGUUUUAUUGUCAGCACUUCCUCCGACCAGUAUACCACAAGUUUAGGUUUUAGCUUGUUCUAGGGGAAGCAGCAGUGUUUCCUUUACAUGUAACAUUGACAGACGCAGUAGUGCAACCUGAUGCACUUCCCGUAGUUUGCGACAGUAAAAUACGUUUGUCUGUCUUAAGGGAGAAUAGAUUUAAAAAAAAUGUUAUCCUGGAUUUUAAAGUUGUAAUCCUCAAGUUUUCAGUUAUUUGACUUGGCAACACCUGUGGCCUGUCUCUUUAGCAGCUUUUUAUAAAUUGCACUGCUGUCCAAAAAAAAAAACCCCAAAACAUUCCACGGCCUUGCCUUGUAGACUCAUUUUGAUGAACCAUCACUGUUAGUGCUAAACUCAGUCUGUUACUUUAAUGUGAUGCAGCAGCAGUAGGAAAUGUUGGGUUAGCAUUAGCAGUAACUUGAUACAGUUGGCCAGUAAACGGUGAGUGAGAUCACUCACAAAGUUACAGUAACACUGGAUUACACAUGGCAUUGUUUCCUGCCAGUCUCAUGGUCGUACGUGUGAUAUUUAAAUCCAGUGUGCGAAUGGUGAACGCUGCCCCAACAAUAAAAAACAGUAUGUAAAGAGAUAAUAGAAAAAAAUGGUGACCAUAACUAUCUUAAAAAAGUGGCGGAUUUUGUGAAAAUCUUGAGGAUUAUAGCUUGAAAUGUCAACAACCACAUCUGGUGCCUCUGUUAAAGAUGAUUUUACACUGCCUGUGGAGCUUAUAUACAGACAUUUUUAUUUGUAGCAGCCACAUACUACCGACUGCGUAGCCUGCAUAGACGCAGUGGUAAAGUCCUAUAAUGCAAUAUUCUUUUUACAUAAUACAUGUAAAGCACUUAACCUCCUCACAGUGCAAAUGGUUGUGCAGAACGAUUUCUAAGAACAUUCACUUCAGUUUUAUAGGUCACUGUUUUUUUUAUUAAGUUAUUACAAUGCUAAGUACUCUUUUUAAGAGGUUACCUCUGUAUUGUAAACAGUGAAAAGGGCUUCAGAUGUACAUGUGUAUAAGAGAGUCCUUUGUGCAUUAUGUACAAAAAGGCAUGUAAAUAAAAUGUAUAAAAGACGUUUUUUUACAAAUCAGAGUAUCAACAUUUUUUU